AUGGGUGCAAUACACCCUUUCAUGGUUUACAAAGGUUUCCGCCGCCGACGCCAUUGCCGCCGCCCCUGCCGUGCCGUCUCUGCCGCCGACGCCUUCUCCUCCGUCAACCGAGCCGCGCCGCCCCUGUGUCCGUGCCGUCCGUGUCGCUCCGCCUUCGCCGCCUCCGCCCGUGCCGCCUCCUGCCGCCGCCGAGAUCCGCCAUCGCUCGAGCCCCGUUUUCUCCCUCCCCACCGAGCCGCGCCGCUUCGCCGUCGCCGUCCCCGCCGCUCCCGCGACCGCCCGAUUGCCACCACCACCUCCUCGGCCGCCUCCUUCUCGCGGUCGACCGCAGCGACCAUCGCCGAGUCGCCGCCGCCGUUGCCAAGCCGUGUCACCUCCGUCCGGACGCCGCCUACGCCAAGCGCUCCUCUGACGCAUCCACCCGAGCCGUUGCCGCCCGAAGAACCUCCUGCACUGUUUCCGGCCGUCACGCCUCUGCAGCAUCUUCCCGAUUUCGGCCACCAUCUCCGCCGUCACCUCCCUCAUCUCCUCUCCCUCUCUCACUUUCCCCAAAUUUCCUCCACUCCAUCGCCAUCGCACGCCCCUGCAGUUCCGCCUCCUUACCACUGCCGACCGCCGCCUGCUGUUUUCCUCUUCCGCCGAGAAGCACCGAGCCCCUUCCCCCUAACUCCACUUUCCCCACCCCCUGUUGCAUUCCUCCAAGCUACCAUCGCGGGCUUCCUUGGCCCGCCGUCCACUAAACCCCUCUUCUGGCCCUGUUGCCACUUGUCCAGCAGGCCGCAGGCCCUGUUUCAGGCCCAAACCAGAGUGUUCUUCAGCCCAAUUCAACAGCCCAGGAAGCCUUGUGCUGUAGAUGCAGUUCCACAACUCCAGCUAGCUCUGUCCGGCGCCCACUUCGUGUUCGAGACUCCACGAGCAGACGAUCCUGGUCAACUGCAUUCACCACAGGUAAUAGGUUCUUCCUCCUUUGGGCUUGCUUAUCUAAAUAUGUUCUAGUUCUCUUGCAUGACAGCCCUAUUUUGAAACUUAUUUUCUUGUCAAACUGCAAAACCUAGAACAUUUUCCACCACACCCGUC